AUGACUUUCACCAGGAUGCUACACGUCGCGGCUCUGUUCCUGAUGCAAGGGGAUUUUCCAGGAGCUGGCAGCGAAACCGUAACUCUAAAGGAAGGAGAGAACUUAAAUCUCCACUGCACCCUCAGCAGUGACGACGGUUCUGCCCGACAGUGGUUAAACCCUCAAGGGUUUGCCAUUUUUCUGAACACCCAGCGGGCUUUAAGAGAUCGGAGGUACAAACUUACCCGUUAUUCAAAGGAUGAAUUAUCCAUCCAACUGUCUAACGUAACAGUGCACGAUGAAGGCGUAUAUAAAUGCUUCUACUACGGCAUCCCGUUCAAAAGCAAGAACAAGACUGUUGAGGUAUUAGCUGCUCCUUCUAAUCCAGUACUGGAAGUAUCCCAAGACACAGAAAGAAGCAUUACACUGUCCUGCUAUACCCAAGGAUGUAAACCUCAGCCCCAGAUUACCUGGCUGUUGGACAACGGGAUAGAGCUCCCUGGUGACACUAAGCACAACUUAGAAGCUGAUGGGAAGAAAUGGACCACAACCAGCACGCUGACAGUCCUCGCCUAUGGGCCCAAUUCAACAGCCAGCUGCAUGGUUCGCCACCAAGCUCUAAGAGAAGAGAAGCUGACAGCAUCUUUCCGCUUUCAGGACCUCCUUAGGACGGUGACAAAAACAAAUCCUGCACCAGCUGCGCUGGAGGUGGAUACACUUGUCUCUGAUAACAAGCAAUCUACAGUGACCGCAGCAGUGUCAGAUCUGAACAGCAGCACACCCUCUGCUCCAGGCUACCCACAGCAUACUGGAUCCAAACAACCAACCUUCCCUUCUCCAGUACCAGAGGAUCCAGGAGUUACCAGCUCAGCCUCAACACCAACCCAGCAAAACCUCCAAUCCAACAUCACAUUUACUUGGACUGAAACAGCGUUCAAGGGCAAUGUCACAGAAGAGGAACUUUCCAGGACAGAAGCCCCACUACCAAGUGAAAACGUAACUGUGAUUUCCAUCAUCACCUUCGAGCAAGAUCUGAACUCUGAAGGCAUCAAAAAGAAGGAGAAUAAUCUCUUGCUGCCAAUCUUGGUGGCUGCUCUGAUUUUCGUGCUGCUCAUCAUUGUCCUGCUUUUUAUAAGGAAGCUGAAAAAAGCUCAUGGAGUGUGGAAGAGAGAAAAUGAUGUUUCAGAGCAGACACUGGAGAGUUAUAAAUCCAAAACUAAUGAAGACAGUCUGGGCCAUGAGAAGAAUGGACACGCUGUCAAUCAGAAGUCCAACGUGCAAUAUGUGACAGAAGGAUAUGUGGAAACAACGCAGAAUAAUCCAAGAGACAAAACCGUUGCAAUAAGCGAGAAACUGUUUGGAUGUGGAAAGGAAACGGAUGUAUAG